AUGGCGUCUGGAGGAGCUGAUUGGCUGCAAGGUCCCCAUGUGUAUGCAUUAUUUUCCAGUUAUGGAAUGACAUCCAAGCAGAUCAACCAGCUUUUUGUGGUAGGAUUUGGUUCUUCCAUGGUGUUUGGUACAGUUGUUGGUUCAUUUGCAGAUAAGCUUGGAAGAAAAUUUAACUGCAUACUUUAUGGAGUAUUGUAUGGAAUGGAUUGUCUUGCAAAGCAUGUACCAAGCUACUGGGUUUUAAUGUGUGGUCGUUUGGCAGGAGGAAUGGCGACAUCCAUUUUGUUUAGUGCCUUUGAAUCGUGGGUAAUUUGUGAGCAUGAUAAGCAAGGAUUUGGUAAGAGCUUGCUGACUGACCUGUUUUCAAAUGCUGUUUUGGGAAACUCCUUGGUUGCUAUUUUUGCUGGCCUGGUUGCUCAGGUGGUGGCCACUCACUAUGGAUUCAUUGCACCAUUUAGUCUAUCAUUACUAUUACUGGUUGUCACAAGUGGAAUAAUCUGUUGCUCUUGGACUGAAAAUUAUGGUGAUGUGAGUGGAAAUGUCAGACUGUCAUCAAUUCUCCAAGGAAUACAGGUUAUCAGACAUGACCCAAAAGUGCUCUGUCUUGGACUGAUCCAGUCUUUGUUUGAGGGAUCCAUGUACUCUUUUGUUUUAGAAUGGACACCAGCUCUAACUCCUGGUAAGUUCUCACCCAGUCUUUCAGUUUUUAUUCAUUUUGCCAUUAACAAAGUAAUUUACAUUAAUCCCAGUCAAUACCUUCACUUAGCAAUUUCUGUAAUGCUUGGUUCACGGAUCUUCAAAUUGCUUUCUAAAGUGUAUUCAGUGGAGUCAUUUAUGAGACCUAUAUUUGGAAUAGCAGCGUUAUCAUUAAUCAUCCCCAUCAUUGCUCCAAAGAACCAAUCAGCUAUUUUUGUAGGAUUCUUGGUGUUUGAAUGUUGCGUGGGACUUUUCUGGCCAGCCAUGGGAGUGCUUCGGAGCAAAUAUGUCCCAGAAUCGACUCGUGCCACAGUCAUGAACAUAUUUCGUGUUCCUUUGAAUCUUAUUGUCAUCAUUCUUCUAGUUCAGGAUUUAGCUCUGCCAUCAGUGUUCUGUUGUUGUGUGGUGUUCCUAAUACUCUGUUGUGCCGUGCAGCAGAGGUUUUUUCAAUUAUCUACCAAAUGCCUCGGCUCUCUAAACGAAGUUAAAGGUGAGUUAAUAGCGUGUAAAAAUAUCUAAGUCAAAUAUGCACCGCUUUCAAGUGGUAUACCAUGAAAUAUCUCACGAGUCACUGUAUUUUCUUGGUAUACACACCAGCCUU